GCGAGGCGACUCGAGCCCCCAUCGUUUCUUCCUCCCCCUUGCCUGCUCUUGCUGCUCGGGACCUCGAGGGGAUGCGCUGACAGAGAGAGAGAGAGAGAGAUUGGAAGGCUUUAGGGCGAGGAGGGAGGGGGGUUACUGCAUGCUGAGGCGCAGUCGAGCGCUGCACACGUCGGGGAGCCGAGGCCAUGGGGCGGACAAUUGUCCUGCUCCUGCUGAUCGCGCUCUGCCCCGGAAUCGGUCUCGUACGGAGUGCGAGAAUCGAAUGCCUCGUGGCUGGGGACGCCACCGCCGCCCGUGAUCGUCCUGCGCGUGGAAGCGAGCUGGAGAUGCCGGGGCAUCUGGUUGAAUCUCGACGCAAUUGUAAUGUGGUUGAUUACGGUGCCAAAGGGAAUGGCGAGGAUUUCGAUACCGCGGCCAUGCAGGAGGCGAUCGAUGACUGCGCCUGCUGGGGUGGUGGUGGGAGAGUUCAUGUCCCCCCCGGCAAUUACCUCACCGCCACGCUUUUUCUCCGGUCCAACAUCGAGUUGUACGUCGAACGCGGUGCCACGAUCUAUGGCAGCCCCGCUCAGAGUGAUUACCCAGCGUCGAGCUCACGGUGGUACGUGCUUCUGGCCGAAGGCGUGCACAAUGUGCAGAUCACGGGCGGCGGAACCGUGGACGGCCAAGCGGAUAAGUUCGUGGUACGGGAGGACCCGAAGAAGAACGUAAUGGUGAGCUGGAAUACGACUGGAGAUUGUGCCGGUGAUGAAUGUCGACCUCGGCUGAUCGGCUUCCUGGACAGCACAAACUUCCAGCUGCGAGAUUUGUAUCUCCAUCAGCCUGCGUACUGGUGCUUACACAUUGUCAGAUGCAAUGAAGUGCUGGUUGAAAAUGUGACCAUAUAUGGGGACUUCAAUACGCCCAACAACGAUGGCAUUGACAUUGAAGAUACCAACAACACACGCAUCGUUGGCUGUCAUAUCGAUACUGGUGAUGAUGCAAUUUGUCCCAAAACAUACGCAGGUCCUCUGUAUAACUUAACAGUAACGGACUGUUGGAUCAGAACAAAAUCAUCUGCAGUGAAGUUCGGCAGUGCCACAUUUCACGACUUUCAUGGACUGCGCUUCGAAAGACUCACGAUUAAAGACUCCCACAGAGGGCUUGCAUUUCAACUUCGUGAUGGAGGAAGUAUCUCGGACGUGGUGUUUGCAAACAUAGAAAUGUCAACUCGAUACUAUCACCCAUCAUGGUGGGGACGUGCAGAACCAAUAUAUAUGACAGCUUGCCCACGGGAUAGCGAAACAGUGGUCGGGUCCAUUUCCGAUGUCCAUUUUAUCAAUAUAUCUUCAACAUCAGAAAAUGGUGUUUUUAUAUCUGGUUCUGCGGGGAGUAUCUUGACCGGUGUCGUUUUCCAAAACGUCUCUCUGAACUUCACCAAUGCAGACGGUGUUGAUACUGAAACCUUCCAUGAUUAUAGACCAGGUUGUCGGGGUCUUGUUCCUCACGCAUCGUCGGGGUUAUUCAUGGAGUAUGCAUCAAACCUCACUUUCAGAGACGUCACACUACGAUGGGCUCCUAAUGUGAAAUGGGACACACCAUUCGAAUUUACUCCGAAGACUGUGGGCAGAUUAAAUAUUUUGAAUGUUCUUUCAGAUACAGACUCACAUGGACUUCCUGUCUAAUUGCUGACACCUUCUCCACACAUUUAUGUGUACAAAAUGUAUAGACAAGACCCUCCUUUGAUUCUCUAUUUCACCUCCACUUUUAUCAAAUGACAUCCGUCUUCAGCGAAUCUCAGGUGCAUUUUCUACCUAUUCUUUUCACCGUUUUCCCAAAGACUUUGUGGUAAAGUUUGCGAUGGCGAAUGUGUAACAUAGCGUAUCCGGUGAGGGCAAUUUCAGAAAGCUGCCCACCAUAGCUUUGAUGGUUACGAAGAGGCCCAGUAACGAAAGACUCGUACUGGCUGAUAGUUCUGUCCUCAAGAUGUUGGUCCAAAGCGCUGUACAGGCUGUGGACUGACUGCAAUUGAGCUUGAUAAUCAAGAUUGCCUUUGGGGCACCCCUUGACUUGUUCAGUCCUAGACCAAAUUCGUGCACUGAUGUGAGUCAAAGUCGGUGGGUGAGUUUGACGAUGGGAACUUGAAUAUGCAGUAAGCAGAAGACAGUACAUCGUCUCAACUACUGCAGUCACCCCGUAGAUAUUGCGCAACCUCUUGAAGUGAAUACAUGCAAAUGCUGUUUUUACAUACAAUUUAUUGGAUCUGAAGUUUCAGAUUUUCG